AUGGUUAAUUACAAGUGCUUAUUUUGUGAGCGUACAUUUAGUAGUCAUUCAGGGUAUAGCCAAUAUGUUAAUAUUUGCGAUCAAUCUAUUAGUGAUAAAAGUAAUGAUUCUAUUAUGGAUAUUAAUGAAGUUUCGCUAGAAAGUGAAGAUAUUUUUAAUUCUAUUGAAAUACGUUUUUUAACAAAUUUAUAUGAAUAUAUUCCUCUGCCUGUUGAAGAAUUACUUUUAAGUGAUGAUCAUAACAGUAAUUUUGAAAAUAUUAUAUUUGAAGAUUCAAUAAUAAAUCAAGAUAUUUUAGAACCUGA